AUGCACGUCCUUGCAGCCUACCCAGCAGCAGCUCCUCCGCUCGCGCUGCUUGCUGGCGUUCUCGACCACCGCUACAGCACAAAGGAGCUGAGACGACCGCCGACCAUGGACGACGUGCUGCGGCAGAUCGACGAGGGGUUCCGCCUCGCCAGGGAGCUGAUGGAGGAGCUCCCCGCGGCCCAGAAUGAGCCGACCUACCUCGCCGACCGCUGCCACGGCAUUGUCCAAGCCUACGUCGCGGCCAUCCGCAUGCUUCACCCGCACGGCGGCACGGAAGACGCGUCAUCGUCCCCACCGCCGCUUCGGCCUCCUCAUCAUCCUCCUCCUCACUUCGGCGGCGAUGGUAGUGGAACCGGUCAGCACGACCACGUCAUCCCUCAGCUGGACCUCCUCCGCCCGUUCCUCGGCGGUGCUCCUUCUCCUUCGGCGCCGUCGUCGUUCCCGCACAACCUCGGGCGCCUGCUGACAGAGUCAUCGUUCAUCAACACCGCGCCCGUGGUUGACGCGUUCGGCGCCGGCACAUCGUCAGGCAGCCCGGUGAGACGGCAGGGUUCGUCGUCGCGGUCGUCACCGCCGGUCCAGCCGCGGCAGCAGCACAGGAGGAGGAGAGAGAGAGGCGAGAGGAUGACAAUAAUGGUUCCGGUACAGCGGACGGGCAACACAGAUCAGCCACCGGACGAUGGCUACACGUGGCGCAAGUAUGGCCAGAAGGAUAUACUGGGAUCCAGAUUUCCAAGGAGCUACUACAGGUGCACUCACAAGAACUACUACGGGUGCGAGGCGAAGAAGAAGGUGCAGCGCCUAGACGACGACCCGUUCACGUACGAGGUCACCUACUGCGGCAACCACACCUGCCUCACCUCCACGACGCCGCUCCUUACCCUCCCAGCAGGCCCCGCUACUGCGGCCUCAACUGCCGCCAACAUGCUAACCAACUCCCCGACUGGUUCAGCAACGACAGUCCUCGCCGCCGGUCAGGACCCCUUCAUGGCGGCGGCUGAGCAUCCUGCACCGGCGCUGUCGACAGCCAUCCAGCUCGGCAUCAGCUGGAUGCCAUCAACCCUCGUUGGCUCCAGUGCCGCCGAGGGAAGCAGCGCUCAGGUGAACGUGAACGUGCCCGCCUCAGGAAGGGACACCGCCGAAUACCCUAUUAUGGACCUCGCCGAUGCCAUGUUCAACUCUGGCAGCAGCGGAGGGAGCAGCAUGGACGCCAUCUUCCCUUCUCAUCACGAUCGACGUGAUACCUAG